UCGUUGUAUGCCGCUCCUGCGGUGUCAGUGGCAUUGGCACCGGCUUCCGUGUAGCAGACGUCUACAAUCCAUGGCUAAUAGCCAGUGUACCUAGCUAUCCAGCCGGUAAUUGCUUUCAGAAUAAGGAUACUUUCACCGGAUUGUCUGAAAGGAACCGGAACAACAGGGCGGUGUUCCCUUCUUCCAUGGAAGAAAUGGCAGAAGUCAGCCGCAUCCAUUAUGAGAUUGAGUACACAGAGGGUAUCAGCCAGCGGAUGCGCAUUCCUGACAAACUCCAUGUGGCCCCUUCUGCUUCUGGGGACCAUGAGGGAGCGUGUCUGGAGGCCCCCCACCAUGUCCUGAUGCAGGUGCCAGAACGGAUUGUGGUGGCAGAGGACAGCGAGGCCUCCCAGUACCCCAGAUCCAGAGACCUGGACUUCAUUCAGGCCACACCCCUGGAGUCGCUGGCGCUAAAGACACCCCCACGGGUCCUCACCCUCAGUGACCAGCCGCUGGACUUCCUGGAGCUGGAACGCCCCGUGAGGCCAGCUCAGCCCAGUGAAGAGGUGCACUCCCAGGUGCGAGUACGGAGAGAACGCUCAGUGAGUGAAAACACUGCAGUCCGUCAGAAUGGGCAGCUGACCAGGAAUGACUCAAUUGUGACCCCACCCCCCCGGGCCCCUCUCCGUACCACUCCGUACCAGGGCAGACGGACCCCUUACGGCACACAUGGGGGUGUAAUGUCCCUGAUCCAGUCCACCACGCGCCGCGCCUACCAGCAGGUCCUGGAGGUGCUGGAUGAGAACUGCUGCAGCAAGCCAGUGCUUCGAGGGGGGUCGUCCAACCCUCCCCACGACCCCAGGUUUGGUCUCUCAGCUCUGGACACUACUUUAGAUGGAGCCCCUGAUGACAUGGCCGCUGUAGAUGCAACAACACUACGGCGACAGAUCAUCAAACUGAACCGCCGGCUGCAGUUGCUGGAGGAGGAGAAUAAGGAACGCACCAAGCGCGAGAUGAUCAUGUACUCCAUCACCGUGGCCUUCUGGAUCAUCAACAGCUGGAUCUGGUUCCGCCGCUAGAGCCACCCAGUGGGUCCACCGGGAGG